AUGGAUCGCCUGAAAGUGAAACGUGCCAGCCGUCGUACACAAACAACGAAGCUCAUCAACGACGCCACGGCUGCGCUGAACGAUGGAUCUUCCAGAUUGGAUGUGAUCAACAGCCUACUGGAACGACUCACAGUAAGUCACAUUGACUUGACUACUCUCAACAAAGAGAUAGAACCGCAUGUGCGAGAGGAGGAACUCGAAAGCGAGUACGUCACUGUAAUGGACUAUGAAGACAGAGCGACGGAAACGAUUGCCAACCUGCGUUGGAGACUGUCGCAAUCUCAGACGUCGCCGUCUCCAUCGCAGCUUUCUAACGUACAGACAGACGUAUCAAGAACGCCGCAUGCCCCACGUCCUGGAGUGAAACUUCCUAAGCUUAGCCUACAGCAAUUUCGUGGAGACCUCUCUGAUUGGCAAGGGUUCUGGGAACAGUUCAGAACAACGGUUCACGACAACGAGGGGCUAAGCAAGAUCGAAAAGUUCCACUAUCUCCGUUCGCUACUGCAUGGUCCAGCAGCUGGAGCUAUCGCCGGCCUGCAGACGUCGGAGGCAUCAUACGACGACGCGGUGGAAAUCCUUACACAGCGUUUUGGUGACCGCGGGCGGAUAGAAAAACAAUAUCUCUCUAAGCUCCGCAACCUAUCGGCCGUUACAUCAGCAGAUGACAUAUAUGGACUGCGUAAGCUAUAUGACAACGUACAGAUGAACGUCCGUGGUCUCCGAUCCCUGGGAGUUUCCAGCGCGAACUAUUCUGCUAUGCUGUCUGAAAUCCUAUUGUCGUCACUCCCAACGGACAUUGUGGUGGAAUACCAUCGCUCUACAAAUCGUAAACAGCAGGACGAGGACAGCUCCGAAUCGAACUCAACGCACGGCGCUUCGGACGCAUCGACGGACGCCACAUCCGAGGCCACGAGAGAACUAAACAAUAUACUUCGUUUCUUUCGGAUCGAGGUAGAAAGUCGAGAACGCAGCGGAUUGGCUCCAGAUAGAAAGAAACCUUCCAUAGCGCCCAAGAAACGACAGGGCUUCAACCACCGCAGUACGCCUUCGGCCGCGGUACUCCACAGCGCCUCAGUUCCUAAGUCCGGCUGCCUCUUUUGUUCGGAUGCUGCGCAUACAACGGAGAGCUGUACUGGACCACUUCCCCUGGAUCUGCGGAAGAAGAGGCUGGCUGAUGAUCGACGCUGUUUUCGGUGUACUAAACGAGGUCACAGUGCUAAAGAAUGCCGAGGAAAAAUGCGUUGUCCAAAAUGUGGCGGGAGGCACGCGGUGGCGAUGUGCGACCCAUCCUGGACGACCCCUAAGAGAAACGCUGACGGUGCGACGGCUACUAUGCUGGCAGCUGAAGACACCGCUGCGGAGAGUAACACCGUGCUGCUGCAAACUUUCCGCGCCUGGGUCACGGGCGACAAGAAAUGCGCAUACGUCCGGGGAGUAAUUGAUGGAGGCAGUCAGCAAACUUUUAUCCGAGAAGAUGUGGCCGACAAGCUUCGCCUCAACGUGCUGGGCAACAUCACGGUGAGCCUUAACACUUUCGGCAGUACUGCCUCCACUCCACAACGACAGCGAUGCAAUGUAGUGGAAGUCCGGUUACGGAGUCAGUUCGCACCAACAGAAUUUACUGUGCGAGCUAUCACCGUGCCUGUCAGACUCCUGUGGAACAUGAGCUCGUUCGAUCCAUACGUGCGGAAGAUGGCUACAUAG